AUGUCUCCCAAGCUCUUUAUUGGUGGAAACUGGAAGGUCCUGGUGCCCUCGACCAUGUCCGAAAGUCCUGGCCCCAGGAUGGCGGCCGGCGGCCGGCACAUGCCGGCCGGUGCCACCGCCCCGGCCAAGAACCUGAGCGAGUCCCCCUCCUCGCCCCCGGGAGACGCCAGUCCCCGGACCCAUGUCCACCAUUUGGCCUCCACGGUUGAACCGCCGCGUCGUGUGGCGUCUCCCAGCUCGCCUCUGCCGGCGUCCAUGCCGCCGGCCCAUGGCGGGCAGCGUGCGGCUGCCGAGACGCCGCUGCGUGCGCGCAAGCCCCUGCACCCCUCCGUCUCUCGGGUGUCCUACUCCGGUGCCGAGGCCGGGGAUCUGGUUCGCAGCUCAUCGCAACUGGAUCUGCUCUCGACCCCGGAUGCCGGCACCCUCUCCCCGGCGAGCGAGCCGUCCUCCGCCAUGGGGAUCUCUCCCUCCAAGGAGACUGUCAUGUCGCGCGGGUAUCUUGCCCUCGCCCCGCAGCUGCUGGGCAAUCUGGCCGUGCGAGUUCUGCCCGGCGAGCUGACGGCCACCUCGCGGGCCGGGUUCUACUCGACCGUGAUGAAGCUGUGCCUGGCCAUGAUGACCAGCUCGGCUCUCUUCGACUCCUACGGCCGGCCCAUCCUCCGGUCGAUGGUGCUCUUCUGCGGGUACACCCUGGCCGAGGCGCUGUCGGUUCAUGCGAACCUCAUGGCCCCCGGGGUCCGGGGGCACCCGUGGCUGGACCUGCUGGAUACCAUGGCCACCGCGGUGCUGCUGCUGCGCUCGGCUCUGGGGGCCACGCGCAUGGCCCUACGUGCCGGGGCCUCGCUGUCCGGGCUGGCUCUCGGCCUGCUGAGUGUCUGCCUGGGCGUGGCCGAGGUGGCUCUCGUGGGCAAUCGCGCCCGGCAGUGGCUCCAGGCCGCCGGGUGGAUUACGCCCAGCGGUCGGGCCUGGUGGCCGGCUGGCGGGCUGCGUGAAACGGCGGCCGCGGCGCCGGCCGCCGCGGCCCGGCUUUCUUCCCAGCCCUGGACCACGCACGUGCGGCGUCUGUACCGCUGGGUCGGCUCCAGCCUGGCGUACCUGAUGACUCCGGAGCCGAUUGACCCGGCGGCCGGGCCGUGCGACCAGCCGGCCAUCCCCCAGCUGGGGGCGUGGUCUUGGCAGGAGGCCGACCGUCGUGGCCGGUCCUGGCUCGUGGUGCUGGGCCUGUGCUUUGUGAUGCUGGCCCUGCCGACGCGGAACUUCGGCCUGCUGGCCCUGCUGCCGGGGCUGGGAUUCCUGGGCCUGGCCCUGGCCGGGACCAUCGACGAGCUGAAGGGCUCCCAGCAUGACAGCUUGCGGUCCAUGCUCCCGGAGCCGAUGGUCACCUGGUCCGGCAACUAUGCCAACCGGGCCCUGGCGGCUGGCGAGCGCGCGGCCACCUUUGUCCUGCCCACGGCUCGGGUGGUGGCCGACCGGGUGGCCGGGGUCUUCCUGCUGGCCAUCGGCCUCGCCCGGGCCUUUGCCACCCGGGCCCUCACGCUGGCCGUGGACUUCGCCAAGGACCACGAUUUGCAGCGCUUCCUGCCGGCCUCGUGGCCGAUCUGGGCCGACCGCGUGGUCUACUGGGCGGUUUGGGCCCGGGAGUAUGCCCAGCACAUGCUGGCCCUCGCGCGCACCUACAUCGCCAACAUGUCGGCCGAGCUGGGUGCCGCCUCGCCACCGCCGCCGGCCUCGCGCAACUUCGCCGGGACCCCCCCGCCGGCGGCUCCGCCGCUCCCGGCCUGGGCCCGCCCGGGCGCCAUCCCGGCCAAUGGUCCGUCCCCGAAUGCCAUGCAUGGCGUGCGCCAGCGGCGUAUCUAUUGA